ACCUGCUGCUGUGCAGGGACAGGCGGAGGUCGGAGCCCGGCACGGCGCCUUCGCAGCCCUUCAGCUCGCUGCUCUUCCUGCCCCCGGCGCUCUGCGACAUGACUGGGACCAGCAUCAUGUACGUGGCCCUGAACAUGACGAGCGCCUCCAGCUUCCAGAUGCUGCGAGGCUCCGUCAUCGUCUUCACCGGGCUCCUCUCCGUCGCCUUCCUGGGCCGCAGGCUGGAGGCCAGCCAGUGGCUGGGCAUCGCGGCCACCAUCGUGGGGCUGGUGGUGGUGGGGCUGGCCGACCUGCGCAGCGGCCAGGGCCAGAAGCACAAGCUCAGCGAGGUGAUCACGGGUGACCUCCUCAUCGUCAUGGCGCAGGUGAUCGUGGCCAUCCAGAUGGUGCUGGAGGAGAAAUUCAUCUACAAGCACGACGUGCACCCGCUGCAGGCCGUGGGCACCGAAGGCUUCUUCGGCUUCGUCAUCCUGGGGCUGCUGCUGGUGCCCAUGUACUACAUCCCGGCGGGGGGCUUCAGCGGCAACCCGCGGCGGGCGCUGGAGGACGCCCUGGACGCCUUCUGCCAGGUGGGCCGCCGGCCCCUCAUCGCCCUGGCCCUGCUGGGCAACGUGGGCAGCAUCGCCUUCUUCAACUUCGCCGGCGUCAGCGUCACCAAGGAGCUCAGCGCCACCACCCGCAUGGUGCUGGACAGCCUGCGCACCCUCCUGGUCUGGGCCGUCAGCCUGGCCCUGGGCUGGGAGAGCUUCCACGGCCUGCAGCUGGGGGGUUUCGGGGUGCUGCUGGCCGGCACCGCGCUCUACAACGGCUUGCACCGAGCCUUCCUCGCCUGCCCGCCCCGGGGAGAGGCGGCCGAGCGCCAGGGGUUGCUGCGGGGGGAGCGCGGGGCCAUCAACAGCGAGAGCUGAGCGCUGGGGUG